GGGGAUGCGCGCGUGGCCCCGUCCUUCGUGCCGCUUGCUCGCCUGGUGUGGCCGCAGGCCUCCUUUGAGCGAGAGGUGCAUGCAUGGUGUUUCCUGGGCUGCGGGACCCGGAUCCUGAUGCUGAAAGGAUGGGUGUAACGUUGCCCCCCAAAAAACUGGGAUUGUGAGGAGGAGGCGGCGGCGGCGGCACGGUUGCUCCCCAGCAGCCUAAGGCAGGAGUGUGGGGCUGUCCGUGUGCUUGUCUCCCCACCACCCCGGCUCUCGGUGGGGGGAAACAACGCGGGGCUUGCUCAUUUUUGCAGUGCUACUCUGCAUGUUGAAGCUCAGGAUUGGAAAUAAGCAGCUGGAAGGUCUUCCGGUUCGUGUCAUCAGGAUAACAAAAGCUGAUCUGGAAUGUUUGUUAGGGAUCGUGGUUCUCUUUCUAGCCCUCCACUGCGGAAAACCCCCCUCAGUUCUUAUGUGCCCCCCACUCAGUUAAAACACAGUUGGAGGAGGGAGAGGUUUCUUCCAGCUCUGUUCUUCUGUCUUCGUUUCUGUCUUCGAGAGAGUUACAAAUGGCAGGAUCCUGUUCCAUUGUCGAUUUUGUGUGGCGCUGGACCGAUCCCCCUUGGAUUCCCUGGGCGUGCUGCCUUUGGAUCAUUUCUAUUAUGCUCAUCUUUUCAGCGGCGCGGUAACAAUGGCGGAGGCCUUAUGCAUGGAAGCGCUGGCUUGGGAUGGGAAGGUUUUCUCGGAGAGCGAUGGCUGUGCCCAUCUCUCUCAGCCCCCAAAUCCUCUGUGUUCCAGAUGCUGACGGGACCCAAAUGACCACGAUUCAGUCCAGCCACGCCUGCAGUUGUGGCUGUUGUGUGGCGUCGCUGGAUGAGAAGAGCUUUGUAGCAAGGAGGAAGCGAAGUACAGAAGGUCUUUGUGCUCUCUGCUGGCUGUACCGGGCCUUUCCCUCCAUCAUACCGUCUCUUUUAUUUUAAAAGUGGGAAGGCGAAGGAAGGUUUGAUGUUUUGUGUGGCACCCAUUGGAGGAGGACCCAUCAUGAACAUAACGAAGGGCGGGCUGGUGCUCUUUUCAGCCAAUUCCAACCCAUCGUGCAUGGAACUAUCGAAAAGGAUUGCCGAAAACACGGGUGCAGAUUCAAGAGUCUGUGAGAGGGAAAGACGUCUUCAUCAUCCAGACCGUGUCCAAGGACGUGAACACCACCGUCAUGGAGCUCCUGAUCAUGGUCUACGCCUGCAAGACGUCCUGCGCCAAGAGCAUCAUCGGCGUGGUGCCGUACUUCCCGUACAGCAAGCAGUGCAAGAUGAGGAAGCGGGGCUCCAUCGUCUCCAAGCUGCUGGCCUCGAUGAUGUGCAAGGUCUGACCCACUUGAUCACCAUGGACUUGCAUCAGAAGGAGAUCCAGGGCUUCUUCAACGUCCCGGUUGACAACCUCCGAGCAUCUCCGUUUUUGCUGCAGUACAUCCAAGAAGAGAUUCCAGACUACAGGAAUGCCGUAAUUGUUGCCAAAUCUCCUGCAUCUGCAAAGAGGGCACAGUCCUUCGCGGAGCGCCUGCGCCUGGGCAUCGCUGUGAUACACGGGGAGGCGCAAGACGCCGAGUCCGACCUGGUGGACGGCCGCCACUCGCCCCCGACCGCCAAAAGUGUCGCCGCCAUCCACCCAAGCUUAGAGAUACCCAUGCUGAUUCCGAAAGAAAAGCCUCCCAUCACGGUGGUCGGAGAUGUAGGCGGAAGGAUAGCCAUCAUCGUGUCUUCAUGCAGAGCAAACAGAAACACAUUAACUGGCUAUUUCCUGGCUGGGAAAAACGUUCCUUGGUGGCCGGUCGGGGCGUCCCUCUUUGCCAGCAGCGAAGGAUCGGGCCUGUUCAUCGGCCUGGCGGGCACCGGUGCGGCCGGCGGCAUUGCGGUGGCUGGCUUCGAGUGGAACGCUACCUAUGUGCUGCUAGCCUUGGCGUGGGUGUUUGUUCCUGUCUACACCUCUUCGGGGAUUGUUACUAUGCCUGAAUAUCUCCAGAAAAGGUUUGGCGGGGAGAGGAUCCGGAUGUACCUCGCGUCCUUGUCGCUUCUGCUCUCCAUCUUCACCAAGAUAUCUACCGACCUGUACUCGGGGGCCCUGUGUGUGCAGGUCUGCCUUGGGUGGAACCUCUACCUCUCCACGGUCCUGAUGCUGCUGGUCACAGGUGUAUACACGAUUGCAGGGGGGCUGGCUGCUGUCAUUUACACGGAUGCUCUGCAGACCCUCAUCAUGGUGGUUGGAGCCGUCAUCUUGACCGUAACCGCCUUUGACAAGAUCGGUGGCUACCGCAACCUGGAAGAGGCGUACCUGAAGGCCGUUCCCGCUAAGGCCAUCCCCAGCGCCGCGUGCCACCUGCCCCGGCCGGAUGCGAUGCACCUGUUCCGGGACCCCGUCUCCGGAGACCUGCCUUGGACUGGCAUGACCGCCGGGCUCUCGGUCCUGGCCACGUGGUACUGGUGCACGGACCAGGUCAUCGUCCAGCGGUCUCUCUCUGCCAAGGACCUCAACCACGCCAAGGCAGCCUCCAUCCUGGCCGGCUACCUAAAAAUGUUGCCCAUGGCCAUCAUCAUCAUGCCGGGCAUGAUAAGCCGGAUCCUGUACCCAGAUGCCGUUGGCUGCGUGGACCCCGAGGAAUGCGCCCGAGUCUGCGGGGCAGAAGCGGGCUGCUCCAACAUCGCGUACCCCAAGCUGGUGACUGAGCUCAUGCCCAGCGGCUUGCGGGGUCUCAUGAUGGCGGCGAUGAUGGCGGCGCUGAUGUCCUCGCUGACGUCCGUCUUCAACAGCAGCAGUGCCCUCUUCACCUUGGACGUCUGGAGGAAGGUCCGGCGGGAGGCCGGCGAGAAGGAGCUGCUCCUGGUUGGAAGGAUCGUCACAGUCGUCCUGGUGGUGGCUAGCGUGGCUUGGAUUCCCAUCCUGCAGAGUUCCGGCGGCGGCCAGCUGUACGUCUACAUCCAGUCCGUCACCAGCUACCUGGCCCCGCCAGUCACGGCCGUCUUCCUCUUGGCCGUCUUCUGGAAGAGAGCCAACGAGCAGGGAGCCUUCUGGGGGCUGAUGGUGGGGCUGGCGGUGGGGCUGAGCCGGCUGGCCUUGGACUUGGCCUACCCCGCCCCGCCCUGCGGCACCCUGGACCAGCGCCCCCGCCUGGUGAAGGACGUCCACUACCUCCAUUUCGCCAUCCUGCUCUGCCUGCUGACGGCCCUCGUGGUGGUGGGCAUCAGCCUGGGGGCGGGACCGCCCCCCGAGUCCCAGAUCAGGGGUGUGACCUGGUGGACACGUCCUCGUCCGGAGGGGCCCCCUCCUGCGCAGCGGCCUGGGAAGGGGGGCCCGGGGGCACAGAGCGACGAUCCCCCGGAAAGAUGCCCGUGGAGCUGCUCCGGCAACGGAGCGGCCUGCAUCCCCUGUUUUACGGAAGCGGAAAGGCCUGCGGAGACGACGGAGUCCCCCUUCUGGGCUUGGAUCUGCUGCGUGAACGCCGUAGUUCUUCUCUGUGUCAACGUCUUUUUCUGUGCUUAUUUCGCUUGAAAUACAUCUUGUGCGGGCUUGUCCGCAAGGGCCAGAA